AUGUCAAACCAUCGGAGAGGAAAGCAGAGUGCGCAGAAGCUGCCUCGAUUUCAUACUUGUCAUCGCACUUCCACUAGGGAUGGUUCGUCGAUCAGGCCAUCUUCUGUGAGGAAGAGCGGCUCGUGGUCAACCGAUUCAGCCAUGAUUGGGAUGAGAUCUCCAGGAGGCUUGCCUUUUGUCUUUGAGGUAAGGGAACUUGAAAAUACUCCGUUUUAUGGAACAUGGGGAAUAUAG